UCUGAACACAUGUACCAUGAAAGGAUUGUUAAUUCUUGUAGCUCUUUGCCCGGUGCUGUUUGCAGACCCCCCAGUUUCACCCCCUGGCAGCUACCAGUGUCAAGAGGAUCAGGACCAGAAGGCCAUUGAUGAAGCUGUACAUUUUAUAAAUGAACGACACCACCAUGGAUACAAGUUCAAGCUUGCUCAUGUAGAUGGACGCUCAGUGGAAAAAGCGGAGCAUCCAUGUGUGUUUGUGCUUGGACUGACUUUAGAUGAGACCACCUGCCAUGUUUUGAACACUAAACCUUUUAACGAAUGUGAGGCUAGACAACACCAGGAGGUGAACAUAACAGCAAAAUGCAAUGUGACUAUCUGCGGAGGUGGAGAUGAACCAGGUAUCAAGCGUUUCAGCUGUGACACUGAGCCAGAACCAAAUGAAAAGAUAGCAGUUUUUUGUCCAGACUGCCCCUCUCUACUUCCCUUAAAUGAUUCAAGGGGCCUGGAGAGUGUACACGCUGCCGUCGAGAAGUACAACAAUGACACCAGCCAUGCAUCUUACUUUAGACUGUUGGAAGUUGGCAGAAUAAGCACUCAGUAUAACCCAAUGUUUGGAAUGUCCUACUUUGCUGAGUUUGCCAUAGUAGAGACCGAGUGCUCUGACAAGCCGACAGAAGAGGAGAAGCCAGCAUGCAAGCCAAAGUGUCCUCAUGAAGUUAAUUUUGGCUUCUGCAAGUCCACCCAACUUGGAAAUGAUAAGUUGUUCAUAGACUGCACGAUUUAUGAAAACUCAACACGUCACCCACACCCUCCGUUCCACCAUGGAAAACACUGUGGCCAUCAUAAAGAACGACCACAUCCACCAGGUCAUCAUGAUCACGAGGAAGAUGAAACUAAGAAAGGAUCUUCAGGUGCCCCUGAGCAUGAACCACCAGGACAUGAUAAGCAUUUUCACUCAGGCUGUUUUAUUCGUUCAUCUCACCCACACCAUAGAGGUCCUCCUCAUCAUGGUCAUCACCGUGAUCAUGGACGUCCUCAUCAUCAUGGUCACGGUCGGGAUAAAGGCCACCAUGAUCAUCACGAUGGCCAUCACCGUGGUCAUCACCAUGAACAUCAACAUGAUCAUAAGAAACCUCAUCAAAGGCCCGGUGGACCACACCCUAGCCACCCCAUCCCUCCAGGACACAGAGAUCGUCCAUUUCCUCCAUGCCAUGGUGCUGUAAAAAGCCAACCUUCCAUCCACCCAAUCUGCCCUUUUCCUCCUAAAUUCCACAUUAGGGGUCAUCAUGAAUAGUUCAAAGGAAACUGAUGUGUUUAAAUCUGCAUUUAAAAAGGUUGUUCUUCUUUUUUUAACAAUAAACCUUCUGAUGUCCA